AUGCCCCUGACAUUCGGCAUUGCCUGCACUGCCUCUGCCCUUGUCAUGUCAGAAAACUGCCCUGGUGGAUGGUACUACUACCGACGCCAUUGCUACUACUCGCUGGGGACGAAUGCCUAUUACACACACUACCGCAGUGGUGAUCCGGGCUAUACCAAGGACUACUCAACCACGUUCUGCCUGGGUCGCGGUGCCCACCCUAUCACAUACCGAGACGAAAACGAGGUGAACAAUGUCCACGAGUACCUGAUCUCGAAAGAUUCUGACGUGCGUUACUGGACCGGCUUCAAAUUCCGCAAUGGUAACUUCACCACCGAUGACGGCUACCCGGUCCGGUAUACGAACUGGGCACAGGGCGAACCGAAUCUCGGCCACUCCGGCGGAGAUUGCGUCGAAGUGAGAUUCUCACUAAGCACGCGCAAGUCAUUGUGGUAUGUCGAGGACUGUGGAUCGUCGAGGCCGCUUGUUCUCUGCAAGAAACCAUCGGUUUGUGCCGGCUCCGGGACGUACUAUUACGGAGGACGAUGCUACACGAUCCAGAGAACAGCCUUGAAUCAGCCGUCGGCCGUUACCAGCUGUCGUCUGCGAGACCGAUCGGAGCUAAUCAGCUUUCACUCGCAGAAAGAGAAGGACGUCAUCUUCAGAUUCCUGAAUGCUGCCUUCAGCGGUACAAAAUGGCUCUGGACUGGGCUCGAGAAAAGCAGCGAUGAAAGCCCUUACCAGUGGGUGGACGAAACGUUCGUGGACUACUCUAACUGGCUUGCUGGCCACCCCACACCCGGCCUGAGCGCACCGCGGUGCGUGGAGAUGUAUCAGUUGCCUGCGUCCCACGUCGGGUACGGCAAGUGGCGAGACACGAACUGCAUGACGCAGACGCUGCCUUCAGUUUGCGCCAGAACAGUAGGUGCGGACGAGCUGAUCCCGGAAAAUGACCAUCAGGUUGAGGCGGCGCUGAUCAUGGCUGGAAAAGUGGGUAAGAAUGCGGGAAAAACGCAGUGUAUGGGCUCGUCCAUGCAAUACAACCUUUCCUACAAGAUCGCCCAUCCUGGAAAGUACUCUCAACCGUGUCUGUACGGUGAUCAGGGCGGACAGGCCUAUGCCAACUUCAUACAGACCUAUCGUGGUGAUCAACGUGCUGAGCCAGGAACGCACAAUGGACCGCUGUCCAGCAGAUGUCGCUGUGCUGCCAGAGCUGAUGACGAACAUGAUCAAUGGGUGUUCGACUUUGGUUACACGGAUUGCGGCACACACCGGAUCAUCGUCACUGAUGCCCGUCAUCGCUCAGACAAGAUCACGUACGUGAACAAUAUCUAUGCGGGUUCACUGUCGUCUGGUAACACCAGUCUUGCUCAAAGUGAUCCAUCCGACUACCGACACAUCACGCUGCAGUGUUCACUGGAUGCAGUGCUCUUUGUCUCCACGUACGGAUAUUUAAUUGACGUCUACUCUUCCUCCGUGUUUGUACUGGAAAGUGGAGGAUCGUUCACAGCCAGCAGUUACUUUGUCAGAAAUGCUCGCCCAGUGGGUCGUAACGAAACUUCUCCCAUCACCUUCACCGUUGGUCUCCCGGUGACGUAUGAGUUCUCACUGGAGACCGAGGACGAUCUCUACCUUCAUCCAAUGCAGUGUUGGAUCUCUAAUGGCGAUCGGGAGUAUUAUCCACGAGUUGUCGCUGUCUUCAAUGGAUGUCCAAGCAAGGAGAACGUCAAUUUUGCUCCGACUCAAUAUCGACUCGAUGAAGCAACCAACACGUCAUCCAAGUAUUUCCAGUUGUCGCUGGUGGCAUUCGCUCUUCAGAAUCGCGAGGAGAACGUGUAUUACCUACACUGCACAGUGCGAAUCUGUGGUGCCGGAGAUGGAGAAGAGCUGUGUCACCGGACCUGUGGCAAGAACCAGCAGCGGCAAAGGAGGGGCAUGGACGCAGCGUACACGCGCAAACUUCCCGACCAUCCGUUGCUCACGUUCAGCUCUCCGCCGUUUAUCGUGCUGGAGCCGAACGGCGGUUCGCGGCCCAUUGCUGCCUUGCCAAAGUGUGCGCUCUUCUUGCUUGUUAUGCUCACAUUCAUAUGGUAGAUGACGUAGUCAUACCCUUGAGCUUUGCCAUACUUAUCGUGAUUAUCAACAGGCCUCAGCGAACAUUGUAUCGCAACUUCGUAAGGUCUGCUAAAAACUGUCCUGUCGAUGCACCGGACAUGUACAAUUGGACGUCGUUCACCAUAUUCUGAAUGCUCUUAUCUCGUGCAGAGAUGAACUCUUUCUACGCAAUAGAUAGAUCAAGUUCUGUUGUCAAUUGAACACAGCUAUCAAUACUAUCUUUGGAAUGGGUCAGGUAUCCUGAAAAGUUUUCGUUUCCACCUCAACAUCGCAACUCGCUUUACUUGUUGCGUUGAUAUUAUUCCUGUCUCCACCAAGCUGUUUAAUUAUCAAAGGAGUUCUCAUAUGAGAUCGUGCCAGACAUGUACUUCGAACUGCAUUGUUUUUCUUAAGUAGA